AUGAACUGAGAUAGAGGGAGGGAUGAGGUAUUGACAAAUAAGAAUCAGCCGACAGAUGUUUUUACGAUUUAAAAUAAGGCUAUUCUUAAAAACACGUAGCCUAUGUCUACUGUAGCCUAUCUUCAGAAACCAUAUCACUAUCUCAGGAAUGACAGUUGUGGGUAUCUCGCUGAAGCCCAUUUUUAUAUUUUUUCAUUGGCUUAGCCUACUGCAUGGGAGUCGGUGUGUGUGUGUGUGUGUGUGUGUGUGUGUGUUUGUGUGUGUCUGAAUGCCGUAUGUCUGAAUGCCUACGCAACGAGCUCACUCUGCAACGGGUUCUUUAGAAAUGGACGAAAUCAAAGCAGGCAUUUUUUUGUAUUCCAUUUUUGUCUAAUCCCACUGAUUUCUGAAGGGAUUACCGGACCAAUCAUGAUUGAGAUGCCGCUGGCUCGCCUGACACUGCCUGGACCAGGAGCAGUGUAGACAGUGAGUGGAAGCACAACACAAGGAUCUGGAGAAACAUUGAGAGAUGGUGCAUGCAUUUGGUUUCCCUUUUUAUCGGAAGAUGAAAGUUUCUCCUUCUCCUCGAGUAUGUUGGCGACCGACCUGAGGAUGCGCGCUGCAUAUCUGCACGGUUGGCGCAGGUUUUAGAAUGGAUGGUAACUUAUAGUUGUGCAGUUCCACCAGAAUCUAUAUCAUAACCUUCUUACCAUGGUCAACGCUGGAACUCCGUUUUAAAGGACACCAUCUUCACUAAAUAUUCAGGAUCUGUCUGGGCUACUCUGUGCAUGACCGGCCAAUGGAGGAAGAGAAGGUGAUUGAUAAGAUCCAAGCAAAAUCCAGUUCCCCUUUACCUACUGGGAUUCCCAUUAAUUGGGGACUCAUCACUGGCCCUGUCCCUGAACCUGUGUUCCCAGCACCCCCUCUGGGCACCCAACUUCCUCCUCCUCAGAGUUCUGCUGUGCAUGCACUACAGACCAAGGUGAAGUCACUCACACAGAGAAGGACGAGAGGGAGAGAUCGAGAGAAAGAAAGAGAAUGGUUGGAAACAGAGGUCUUAGUGAGCAGUCCAACUGGGCAGAUUUCAUCUGAAGUCCUUCUCAGACAGAGGCCCAGAGGAAAGGGUCCAGUAUCUCUGCCUGCCCUCUCGUGGCGAUCAGGCGCUGCAAAGAACUUGAGCAGUAGUGAUGAAGAGGAGGAGGUAGAGGUGCAAGUCAGCUUCCAGAUCCACAGCCCUCCAGCUGAAGCACGAGGAGAGAAGGUGUUCGAGGAGGGAGAGGAAGCUGAGGGCGAGAGGUCAGAGAGAACAGAGGACCAGGUCAGUUUUCUGACAAGCCAGCUUUAUGGGCUUGGGGAGGGCACCAGUCUGGAGAGUCUUCUGUCUGAUAACUCGAGCAGCAGUAAGGAUGACCCAUCCCCUCCUCCUCCUCUACCUAUGCUCUCUUCCAUUCCUGCUUCCACUGCUUUUACAUCUUCCAUUUCUUCUUCCACGUCUUCCACGUCAACCAGACGCUGGGUACCACCCAAGGGCUUCUGGAGAGUGGCACGCCCUGAAACAUUGCUUCUAAAUGGUGUUGUUCCUAACAACACACCCACCACCUUACCUUUGAAGGACCAUACUCAGACAGAAGCGCUGGCAGAGCCUCAAAGGAAGUCUAAACCAGCCGAAAAAGGCAUCAGGAGUGAUGUGGGAAUUGUGAUGGAUGAUAGUGAAGCAUCCUCGGAAUUCAAACACUCGGACAGCGUGGAGUGCUACCUGGACAGGUGUGAGCAGAAGGAGUUAGAUGCUGACCUAGCCAAAGGACUGUGCAGUUCAGACAGCUGGGAGAGCAUGUCUUCACAAAGUGAUGUACUCUCUGCUGAUGAGAAAUUGAAGGUGAAGCAGAGAGCUUAUGCAAAGUUAAAGGAAAGACAACAAAACUGCAGAGAGGAGAAAGAGCAGAGUGAGGCAGAAAGUGUCGGCUAUUAUGGAGACAAAACAUGCAGAGUGGAUUGUAAAGUCCCAGGUGCCCAUGGGGGUUCAGACAGCUCAGACUCAGCCAUUCUUGCUCAAGAACUUGAACCAUAUUUGAGGUCACUUCUUGUAAUCAGUGAUGAACAUCCUCUGAGCCCAAGACAUGAGCAAGCCAAGCUUCUUCUGGAGCGAGCACGACUCAAGGCUCGCUCCAAUCACAUUAAAGGCGAUCGCCCCUGCAGGCGCUCCCAUUCUGAUCAGCGAUCCACCGUAAAGAAACAGCAAGUUGAGUCUACCAAUUCAACGCCAGUGCAGAAAGCUGUUCAAACCAAAGAAGAUCAUGCAGCUCAAACUGUAUCUGGUCCCCUCCUCGUCCCCAACCAACGAGACACUUCCCCCGGUGACCAAGGUUGUCGAUCCAGACGGUAUGGUUGCUCACCCACACGGGUGCGCUUCGAGGACGAAUCGGAGAAAGAAGCAGAGUCUCGGUACUUGGAUAGAGUGAGACAGCGUAGCAGGCCUGGCUUGCCCAAGUCCAAGAGUAAAGACAGUAAUACAGAUUCUAGCAGUAGUGGUUCAGAGAGGAGCAGAAGCCAUCGAAGUGUCUCCAUGCCUCCUUCACAGAAGAAAGAAGUUGCGGGAGUCAGUGGUGAACCGACAACAGUGAUUAAAGAGAUAAUAGUGCUGGUGAAGAAAUGUGAGGCAUGUGGCUCUGUAGUCAGGGAGCCUCAGCCUGUCUCAUCACCAUCAGAGCAAAAAAACACUGAGCCACAGCAGCCUGAGGACCCACGGGUGAAAGCGUCUCCUCGCUGGGUGCCUCAUAACAAGCCAGAGGCAAGCACUCGUCCUAAAGCUCCUCUAACUGUCACUUUUGCUGGCGCUUUCGUGCUAGGGGAAAAUAAAGAGAGCAGCACAGGGUGGAAAUCAUCAGGGUUUGGGAAACUUAGGAGAAGGAGCAGGAAAGGAGAAAGUCGGCUGGAGUCUGGCCAUGGCCCUUACGGUCCGUCUUGGGCUCAGCGGCGUAACUCAAAUCCUAGGAACAGGCUCAACUUGAGCAGAGCUGUGUCCUUCGCCCCAGAAAGCCCCGUCGCUCUGGAGCCCCGUUUGCUAGAGGCAUCUGAUGGAUUGAGGGAAUCACCUCCCCCAUCGCUGCCUAUAAAGUCAGCUCUGAAGUCAAGUUCAAGAAACCGUUCUGCUGCAGGUCAGUCCACAGUACAGUUCCAGGUUACCUCAAAUCAGGGAGGUGAGGGAGGACCCCAGCAUUCUGCUCUCCUGGACUCUCCAGAGGCAAGAAGGGAGUGUGCGGUGGCUGUAGCCCAAGGGACCCCUGCAACAAGCAACCCAGUGCCCUAUAUCAGGCCGUCCACCUUGAGGUACUCCCCACCCCGGCUCACCACGGACCUACCAGCGGCUGAAGUCUGGGAUGCCACUCCAGAUGGCGCAGCAGGUCUGAGUGAUCUUGGUUCUGGUCCUGAGUGUCGUCCUGCUCUUCGUGGCCUGGCUAUUCCUCGAACUGAGGACCUCAGAGCGGAGCUGUUGAGAGCAGAACAUCUGAAAGCUGAGGCCAUAUGGGAGGAAAACUCUGACGGGUCCAGAAAGCUGGAUGGACGGCCAAAGCUCUUCCUGCGUCGCUUCUUUUCCUCCAUUGGUCUGAACAGUGUGGGUAGACUGGUGAAAGGAGGCCGCUCCAGCAGCAUGGAACAGCUCAGUAUUCCCACUGCCCCCCGAGUCUGCUCUGCUUCCCCAAGCCCCACGCGCAGACCACUGCAGAGCAUCGCAGACCAUCGCAUGCAGAGGACACCCUCACUGCAAACGCUGCACACGGUGCUGCCACUGGCCCAGCUGCGCAAAGCCUCCUCUGUGCAGAGUUUAGAGAGAAGAACAGAACGCUCGACAAUAUUGGGAGAGGUGCAGAUACCGUACGGCCUGGCGCCUAGCCCUGAUAGCCCUCAGCUCGAGGCCCUGAGUGUUGAAGAUAUACUUGCCUCCAGAAUUGCACGUCCCGUGGGCCGGGUCACCCAUGCUUUCCCUGAUGGGACCCUCCUCCUGGAGCUCGUCAGACCCCCAAAUGGUCCCUUUGGUUUCGUCAUCUCAAGGGGCAAAGGUCGACCAGACACAGGUGUGUAUGUAGAGAAAGUGGGUGACGGUGGUGGCGAAGGCCCCUACAUAGGUCUCCUUAGCAUCGGUGAUGAAAUUCUGCAGGUGAACGGAGAGGCAGUGGCUGGACUCAGUCUGGACCAUGUGACGCGGCUCAUGACACGGGAAAGCACCGCUUCUCUCCGGAUCGUACCGGCCCGACGUAACCAGCGCUGACUGGGAAGAUAGGCAUGGCACAGAGCCAUUUCUCCUGCAGCCAUGGAUCAUAAUUCACCACUGCAAACACUGCUGAUGGACUGUAACCCAUGGUGGAUAGCCAGUGUGUAUUUUAGUGCAGUUUAACAUAUCAAAAUGGCUACAUGAGAUAACAGGGUUAGAGGUUCAUUUGCUAUAAGUGCAAACUAUUGUUCAACAAUAUGACACUGCAAGGGACUUGGAUUACAACGACAAAUCAAUAAAAUGGCAAAUCUAAAACCAAAUAGAGCCAGUAGAGGUCUACGCUAUAGCUAGAAACUGGAUUUCAGAGUAUAUAUAUUGUGAUACUAAUAAAAAAGUUACCCUAUAAAUACGGAUUCCAAUCCAGCACAACUUGUUUCUGUGCAUGGUUGUUAUUUAUGGUUAAAUAGGGGUAUUUUUAUUCACAAAGUAGGCUAUGUGAAAUUAAACCCUACCUAAAAACUAUUUUACAAACUCUCCAAAAUAAAAAAUAAAAAAAUGGCUUGACUGCAUUUAUUUUGACCUAAGUAUUUGUGACAAUCAAAACAAUGUAACAACUCCACUUUUCUAAUGUUCAAAUUGUGAUUUAUUUUGACACUGUAAAUGCUUUGUGAUUAAAACUAUAUUUUGUCACAUAUUUAAAAUGUAAUCCUAUUGAUUAUUUCAGAUGAUUGACUUGGGCUUCUUUUUAAUAAAAUGUGUUUUAUUUUGUCAAA